UGACCGCCAUGAUCAACAGCGAAUGGCGAGGUUCAGUUGUUCAUAAAAAUUGGUAAACUUUAUAUCCAAAGAUUUCGGUAAAUAUAAUGAAAGGAAUGAUCAGAUUACGAGAUAUAGUUACCCUUCAAAGUUUAGUAAGAUGUAGAGGUUUUCAUGAUACAUCAAUGGCGAAUAUUAUCAAGUCAAAAAUUGAUCGAUCUAGUAAAGAAUUUCUGGAAAAUAAAACGAGCAUGUCGAAACUAGUGAAUAAUCUAAAGGAUUUAACAGAUGUUAUAAAAAGAGGUGGUGACGACAAUGCUAGACUUCGGCAUACCUCAAGAGGAAAGAUGUUACCUCGUGAUCGAGUUAAUAAUUUAUUAGAUCAAGGGUCACCUUUUCUUGAACUGUCCCAACUUGCGGCAUAUAAACUUUAUGGUGAAGAUAAUAUUCCAGCAGCUGGGAUAAUAACUGGCAUAGGACGAGUGUCAGGUGUUGAAUGCAUGAUUGUUGCAAAUGAUGCUACUGUAAAGGGAGGUACAUAUUAUCCAAUGACUGUUAAGAAACAUGUUCGAGCCCAAGAAAUUGCAAAACAAAAUAAUCUACCUUGUAUAUAUUUAGUUGAUUCUGGUGGUGCUUUUCUACCAUUACAACAUGAAGUGUUCCCUGAUAAAUAUCAUUUUGGAAGAAUAUUUUAUAAUCAGGCAAGGAUGUCUGCCAUUGGAAUACCGCAGAUUGCUGUUGUUCUGGGUUCAUGUACUGCUGGUGGAGCCUAUGUCCCUGCCAUGGCUGAUGAAAGUAUUAUUGUUAAGAAUCAAGGAACAAUAUAUCUUGCAGGACCUCCAUUGGUUCAAGCAGCUACAGGUGAGGUUGUUUCAUCAGAAGAACUUGGUGGUGCUGAUUUGCAUUGCAGGACAUCAGGUGUCACAGAUCAUUAUGCAAUAGAUGAUGCACAUGCUUUACACAUUGCAAGACAAUCGGUCAGAAAUUUAAAUCGAUCCAAAACCUUAAUGACAACUCUUGAACCAAGUGAAGAACCACUUUAUCCAGCAGAAGAUAUUUAUGGAAUUGUUGGAGAUAAUCUCAAGAAGUCCUAUGAUAUUAGACAGGUUAUUGCUCGCCUAGUGGAUGGCAGUAGAUUUGAUGAGUUUAAGGAAAUGUAUGGAACUACUUUAGUUACAGGUUUUGCACGAAUCCAUGGAUAUCCAGUUGGUAUUCUUGGGAAUAAUGGGGUAUUAUUCUCUGAAUCAGCUCUAAAAGGAACUCACUUUAUUGAAUUAUGCUGUCAACGUAAUAUACCGCUUAUCUUCCUGCAAAAUAUCACAGGUUUUAUGGUCGGACGAGAAUUUGAAGCAGGAGGAAUUGCAAAGAACGGCGCUAAGCUGGUCACUGCAGUUUCUUGUGCCAAAGUUCCAAAAUUAACCGUCAUUGUUGGAGGCAGUUUUGGAGCUGGGAAUUACGGAAUGUGUGGUCGUGCUUACAGUCCUCGGUUUUUAUACAUGUGGCCAAAUGCCCGGAUCUCAGUGAUGGGCGGAGAACAAGCUGCGACCGUGUUAUCAACUAUUACUAGAGGUCAAAGAGAACGAGAGGGGAAAAAGUUCACGGACGAGGAAGAAGCAGCUUUAAAAGAUCCGAUUUUAAAACGAUUUGAAGAGGAAGGACACCCGUAUUAUUCAAGUGCAAGGAUAUGGGACGAUGGUGUCAUUGAUCCUGCAGAUACACGAACAGUGCUCGGUUUAAGUCUAAGUGCUGCAUUGAAUUCUACCAUAAAAAGAACAUCAUUUGGUGUGUUCCGGAUGUAAUACUUUUUAUGUUACUAGCGUAUUUCAUAAUAGGAAGCGAAAUAUUAUAACUAUUUCAUAUUUUAAGAGAUAUAAAUAUAAAUUGACCAAUAACAGUAUUUA